CUUCCCUCCUCAUCCACCAUCACAGACAUUCAUACAGUGUGAAUCUGAAUGGCGGACUGCGAAACGUUUCCUUGGUUCAUUCGGCUACCAGGGAGUUUCGGAGAAAGAAGGUUUGUCGGAGUCGCACGGCCCAUUUUCUUAUGUAUUUCAGCGCCUCUUCAUCAAGAAAAUUAUAUAUCAAGAACUUAAUUUUCAGGACUGAACGAGCGGCGCCGCAAUGCGCUGAAGCAAUUGGAAUGCUUUGUGCCGGCGAUGGGAUAUUAUCGAGUAUUUUGGAGCUUAAACUGGCAACUGUUCUAUUGUGUUAUUUUCAACUGGGUUGUGGCUUCUGGACAGAUUCGCUAUUCGAUCCCUGAAGAGCUCCAACUCGGCGCCUUUGUUGGAAAUAUUGCAGACGAUCUGGGGCUACGUACAAAGGAGCUCACGGCUCGCAAUUUUCAGAUUGUGCCCGGUUCCCGGAAACAGUAUUUGGAGGUAAAUUUAGACAAUGGAAUUAUGUUUGUUAAACAAAGAAUCGACAGGGAACAGUUGUGUGGAACAAGCCUAACAUGCACAUUGUCUUUGGAGGCUGUAGUCGAAAAUCCCCUGACCGUGUAUCGCAUUGAAGUGGAGAUUCAGGACGUCAACGACAAUGCUCCCACUUUCCCGAACAGCCAGAUACGCCUUAAAAUCUCAGAACAUGCAGCGCCGGGAGCGCGCUUUCCCUUGGAGGGUGCACGGGACUCGGACGUUCGAACAAAUUCCUUGCAGACCUACCAGCUGACUGCCAACGAAUAUUUCGCAUUAGACAUUGACUCGCGCGGUGGGGACGGCAAGUUGCCAGUGCUAGUGCUGGAUCGAUCUUUGGACAGAGAAAAGCAAGCGACAUACAAGUUGGGACUGCUCGCCAAAGACGGGGGGAUCCCUGCUAAGACGGGAAUUGCUGAGAUAAUAAUUGUAGUGCAGGACGAAAACGACAAUGCGCCCGGCUUUCCAAACUCCGGUUACAGAGUUAGUAUCCGAGAAAAUGUGCUCAAAGGAACGCUGGUUAUCAAAUUAAACGCCACGGAUUUAGAUGAUGACUCCAAUGGCGACAUAUUGUACUCGUUCAGUAGUCAUACGUCUGUUAGAGUCCGUGAAUCAUUUUAUGUGGAUUCCAAAACGGGGGAAAUCCGAGUCAAGGGAAAUCUGGACUAUGAAGAAGAAAGUAUAUUUGAGAUUAACAUACAGGCACUGGACCAGGGUACUAAUCCAAGUGCCGGUUACUGUCACGUCGUGGUUAGUAUUAUGGAUGUCAAUGACAACGCCCCUGAGGUGAAGUUAACCUCUUUGUUCAGCCCAGUCCGCGAGGACUCACCACCCGGGACCGUUGUUGCUUUGAUCGGUGUAUCGGACGCUGACUCUGGAGAUAAUGGGCAGGUAGAUUGUGAAAUCGCAGCGAGACUGCCUUUCACGUUGGAUUCGUCCCUGAGGAAUUAUUACAGGUUACUUACACAUCAGCGGCUGGACAGAGAAAAUACCUCUAGCUAUGACAUUCCUAUUGUGUGCAGUGAUUCUGGCUCUCCUCCCCUCUCCUCCAGGAAAUCCAUCACAGUGGAAGUUUCGGAUAUAAAUGACAAUCCGCCGCAUUUUACGCAGUCUACCUACACGGUUUACGUGAUGGAGAAUAACGUUAUUGGGGCACCAAUUAUCACAGUCAUGGCUGUUGAUGCAGAUUUGAGUCAGAACUCCGAAUUAUUUUACUCUGUUCUGGAAAGCCAAGCACUGGGCGAGUCUGCGUCCACUUAUGUCGGGGUCAAUCCCCAAAACGGCGACAUAUUUGCUCAGAGAACGUUCGACUACGAGCAACUCAAAAACUUCCAGAUCCAAGUCCAGGCCAAGGAUUCUGGGGAGCCGACACACACUGCCACCACAUUGGUGGAUGUAGUUAUCCUUGACCAGAAUGAUAAUGCCCCGGUGAUCGUGCAUCCUGACACAGAGUACGGUUCAACAGCGUCGGAGACAAUAUCCCGCUCUGCAGACCCAGGCUACCUGGUCACCAAGAUUACGGCCACUGAUACUGACUCGGGUCAGAAUGCACGGCUCUCCUACCAGAUUCUCCAGUCGACUGACCAGGGACUUUUCACUAUCUCCCCCGAUACAGGAGAAAUCUGGACAAUCCGCAGCUUCGCAAGAAAAGAUGCAAGCAAGCAAAGGCUGAUUGUUGUUGUGAACGAUAAUGGGACCCCAACACUCUCUGCCACGAUGACCCUCGUCUUGUCGGUGGCAGAAGAAAACAUGGAAAUUAUUUCUCGUGUCAACAACUUAACUGAAGAUGCUGGCGAUAUAAGCUUUUACUUAGUUAUAGCUUUAGGCAUCAUCUCUUCCACUUUCUUACUCAUUUUGAUUGGCCUUGCUAUCACAGUGUACAAAAACAGAAACGGAUUUGGGGGUUAUACGUGUUCCCUGGAUACAUGCUGUUGCUUUUCAACAAGAUCCUCGCUGAAUAGCUUCCAAAAGGGCAGGAGAAAUAUUCAGAUACCGCCGAAUUAUGUCGAAGUAUUUGGAGGCGAUCCUCUUUCUCAACGGUACCGCUACGGAACCUGUUCCACUUCCAGCAAAGGAGAUUGUUUGUACUCCAACGGGUGCAGUUCGUCUACCGUCAGGAAUGGUGGCAGGGGCGAAAUUGUGCGCAAUAAUGAACUGUCACAGUCAUCGCAGUCUAACAAUUAUAACAACAUUGGUGAGGUGAAACAACCAAACGCUGACUGGCAUUUCUCACAGGCUCACAGAGCAGAACUAAACAGUUCCCAGUAUCUGGAGGAGGAAGGAGCACGACGUGAAAUACAAUGUGAAGUCCAGCGUGAGGUGCAGCGGGACGUGCAGCGCGAGCCACUGCGUGACGAGCCCUGCGAAGCACCGCGCAAUAUUCAGCGUGACGUGCCGCGUGACUCGCACUGCGACGGGCAACGUGCUGCGGAGAAUGAUCCUGGCGGACCGAGGAAACCCAUGUGCGCACGGCCUCCAGCCAUCCCAGCCGGUAGAGAUGGGUGGACAUUACCACGGACAGCUCCACGAAUGCAGCUACAGAUGACGCUAGGUGCACACGUACCAGGGACCUUGCGAAGUCAGUACCUAUUCCCCCGAGACCCUCUUACGCCAGGAGCACGUAUCAGUAAUUCAAGCGUGGAGUUCAGUGCGUUCCCUGUUGGCAGCCACCACGGUCCUUGGGCUGCAAACCAGACACGAGAUUGUGGAAGCGUCGCCGAUUCGGGCACCCGGAGACCAGAGUUGGACACCGAGACUGGCGGUGAAAUUCACCGCUCACCGCCAAGCAGCCGACUACCUACACAACGUCUACAUUCCAGGGACCACCACCACGCUCUCCGGCAAAUCAACGACUGAGCGGGAAGGGAAGAAAUCCUUCAUUACCUUUGGGAAGAAGAAAAAGAGUGGUAAAUGAAGCAAAGAGGAACGGGAGUAAAAUUUCAAUAAUAGUGGGAGUCGUAAAAUGGGGCUGCAUGACAGAAGCACGUCUUUCUACGAAAAAUACUAAAUGUCACUUAAAAAAAACUCAGCUGCACUAAGUAUUAGUUUGAAAGGGAAUGUUUUAAAGAAAUUGAUUUUCAACGAUAAUGAUCAAAAUUCCUUGGAAUCCUGAGGUUGAGCAGGUAUUACAAAGGAGAGAUGGCAUCUCAUGUUAAACAAUUGCUCAGUUAUAUAAGAUGGACUAGGCUGCAUGAAGAUAUUAGGCAUUGGGAUUACAUGGUAUUUACCCCUUGCCAACUCAGAAUUAAAGACAGCCAGAUCCAGUUUGAAAAGCUAAUUCUUGGUAUUACCAUCACAUGGAACCUGGUGCUUUACUCCCAACAUCCUGUCCCCCUUAUCCCUACCCUCCCCUCUCCUCUCGCUUUGUCCCUUUCUUCCAAUAUCCUUCCCUCCGGCUUUACAUUUCACUAUACUCCUUAUCUGACACCCUAUUCUCUCUAUUUCAUCUCUUGCCAACUGCCUAUCAAGCCCCCAUUGUAUCCACCCAUCACUUGCCGGGCUUUGUACUGCCUCGACCUCAUUUUCGGCUUCCUCUCUCCUGCUACAAUCAGUCUGAAGAAGGAUUCUGACCCGAAAUAUCACCUAUCCAUGCCCUGCAGAGAUACUGCCUGACCGUUCAGUUACUCCAGGACAUUGUGCUUUCUCUUUGUCAGUGAUUUUGCUUUCUUUUCAUGGGCACCCAGGAAGAAAAGCAUUUGAUACUAAGACAAUGAUAUUGACUUUUAUCAGUCUCAGGCACUGACUUGGUCAAGGGCUCCUUCCAGGCACGGGGUGCUAAGGGCCUUAUCUUCAUUGCUCACAUAAUAAGCAUCCCAAAUUCAUUUCUGUUCCAAUGAUUAAUAAAGGAAAUUAUUUCACGGUUUUCACUUUCUGGAGAUAAGGGGAAAAGCAUACACCAUGAAUCCAUUCAGAUACUUGAAUGACAGCAAUCAGAGGACAGAUAGAAGUAGAUUCCCCUGGGCUGUCAGAUAAGCCACAUUAACAGGACCACCAACACACACCAUCUUACUCUAUCUUAAAUAAAUUUUCAUCAGCCAAGAGGGAAAUAUUCCAUAAAACCAUUUGGCUCAUCAAGUCUGUGCCACCAUCCAAUCAUGGCAGAUCUAUUAUUCCCUCUCAACCCCAUUUUCCUACCUUCUCACCCUACCCUUUAACACCCUAGCCAAUCAAGAACCUAUCAAUAUAACGUUUAAAAAUAACCAUUGACUUGGCCUCCACAACUGUCUGUGGCAAUUAAUUUCACAGAUUCGCCACCCUCUGGGGAAAUAAAUUCCUUCCCAUCUCCAUUCUAAAGGAAGGUCCGUUAGUUCUGAGGCUGUGCCCUCUGGUCCAAACUAUCUAGACUCCCGAGAAACCUCCCAAUAUUCCAUCUUACAUCACUGAGAAAUUGUGCCUGUCCUGGAGAAAGAAUAUGUCAAAAUUUAAUCCCCAAUUAUGGAGGGAUACGAUGGAAACAUUUAAAAAGAACAUUCCCUUCUUCAAACAGCUGUUACACAAACGUUAGCAGCCGCUAUUUCAAGUCCAUUCAAACAUUCAUUGUCUUGUGUCUCCAUUUAUUCAAUCAAAACUGUCACACAGCCUUAACAUAGAUUAAGGAACACGUUAAGAGUCCAUUUCCUCAUUGUGCAUGUGUGUCAUUACUGAGGGUUAUCGCAAGCAUUGCAUUUUGUGUAAAAUAUUCACUGUUUAACACCCUACAUUUAGCUUUAGGAUGGGUGAGAACAGAUCAGAAAAGAGGAAAAAUAAGCAAAUGAGGAAAUAGUUGAUGCCAGUUUUCUACAUUUAGUUUCGCCAGAUGUCUUUUAGAACUGGCAGAUGAACAUUGACAACAUAAGAACCCUGAAACUGUCCGUCUCACUUUUGGAAGCUGAUAUAAUGGUGUAGAGUGAUGAAGAGUGUGGGUAUUCUCAAGGUAAUAGUGUAUGUGCCCUGUAUAGAGCUGUAACAGAGUCAUAACAAUGCAAGCUUUCAGAGGGGAAUGAUAGACAGUGAAGAAGGAGGAAGAAAAAGUAUAAAAUACCAAAAAAAAAAGUUUAUAUAUAGGGCUAUGGUUGCCACCUUACCAAGGAGCCAAAUCGGACAAGGAGGGUCGGAUCUGUUGGAGCGUGUAGUGGGAUCAUGGCUUGAGUUCUCAGGUACUGUACAUUUUGCUGAAACCUAAAAUGAAUUCCCCACGGGGCAGGGACGAAAGUAAAGACAAAACAUUUAUUAUCUGGACCGUAGUUUACAAAUUUCUAGAUUGCCUCUUCGGAAUUGUUUUAGAUUUUGUCCGAACACUGUAAAAUGAAUGACCAUCUCCUACACACCCCCAGUUUUUAUUUCCAUGCAGUCACCGGAAGUAAAGUUUGAGAAGGAUGCAUAAUAGGCAACUAAAUAUGGGACUAGUGGUGUACUUCCUGCCAUUACUGUCAGUUGAACUCAGCAUGGACAGUAAUCAGAGUUGUAAAGAAUCUCAUUACAUUGGUGAAGGACAAUCAUCCAGGCUCCAGUCUGCAAUCUAGGAACCGGUACUGGGAAGCAUAUUGGAAGAGUAGUCAUGAGAAAGGCUAUUCAUAUUUGAAGAGCAGUCAUGGGAAAGGUACAGGUUCUGGUGUAAGGGCCGUGCACCUGAAAACCUGACUCUGUUCCUCUCUCCUCAGAUGCAGCCUGACUCUCUCAGUAUUAGUUGACAUUACAUCUAUCCACCAUCUGCAGUUUUAUUGCUUUUCAAGAUAUGGAAGGCUUGUCUACGCCCAGAAACCUAUGCAGUCAGAGUCAGUGCCUUCAGGAGUAAAGAAAGGGUUGUAGAAAUUGGGAGAAGGGAAAGAAAAUGGUUUGUCCAGUUUAAUUCCCAGAUAGGUGGCAACCAUGAUGUUGUUCAGAGACUUAGAAUAUUUAGAAACUAAGUCUUGUCAUUUAACUUUUGUUUUACACUAGCGAUAACCCUAUAACAUAUUUUCUCUUAUGACUGGAGCAAUCAGCCAUAGCUUUGAGAAGAAAAGCCUUGGCAACCAGUAAGUAGUCUAUAGCUGUUAUAAUAUUUAGGCAUGCUGAAUGUGUCCUGUGAUUAACAAAUAUGAAUAUAUCCAUAUACUAGUAUCUGUCCUAUUUCUUAGGAGAAAAAAAAGACUGAAUUAGAUCUGGAGACAUUGUGAAUCUCUUUGUAGUUUCUUCGAUGUUUUUUGCUAAAACUCGUUUUAUUACAAUUAUACUGUGUGAUGUUGUAGACUUCUUAUAACACUGCUUUCUAUGUACAAUAUUCUUACAUUAGUCAAACAUGAAAGUGGUAGAUCCUUUCUUAUGAUGUUCAUAUUCGACCUUUGCGAUUUGCUUGCAAUUUUUGACAUCAGUAUAAUAGCCAGUUUAACACUGAGUGAGUAUAUUGUGCCCUGUAUUUUAAUUCUGAACUAAAUUGCUGUAAUUCUCAUGAUACAGUCUUGGUUUUCUUCAAUUGCAUUGGAUUAUAUUAGUAAUGUUUUGCUCUACAUUCAGUCUUUCCAAUAAAAUUAUUUCUUUUAAUCCAA